UAACAAAGACACGCGAGACUAAUCUGUUCGCUUUAUGACAUUUGCACUACGUGGCUUACUGUACUGCUCUGUGCAAAGACUGUCCUGGGUUUUUAUUCCAAAGACUUAUUACCUAUCUUUUUGUGGGAUGAAUUCAGCAGUAUUUUGCAGAAUGGCGGAGGCACACCCAUUGCAAAUCGGUCAAGCUCUGAAGGACAGCCUUUUACAAGCAGUAUCUGAGGACAGAGUAGUGAGGGGAGUGAUGUCAUGUGCCAAACUCCUGGAAGUAAGCCCAGAGUGUGUUAUGGUUUGUAUUCUACCCGCUUCAGUUCCUAGCCAUGACGUCACGUUCCACAUUCAGCAGACGUUAGUGGAAGCUUUCUGUGUGGAGCACGCCAUUCCAAUAUUGAAGAUUGGCGAUCUAGAGAAAUUGGCUGUGAUAUUUGCGGGAAGGAAGGAUGUUGCAAACAGCCUGGACAACAAUCAGGAUGAGGGGGAGGGGGACCUCACCUGUCUACUUGUACAGGUCCCGGAAGUCAAGAGUCCUGCAGACCAGUUUGUCAUGGAGUUUUGCGAGAUGAUAUUUUUACCUCAUCCCAGAAUAGAUUUACCUGCAUGAUAGCAACUACUGAAAACUGAUUUCUCAUCAUUACAGAAUCAGGACGUUUUCACACUUCGUUUCGGCUGCACCGUAUUGAAUGGUGUCCCACUGUCCAGGGGGAAUCCCCGGCCGUUGGGCCAGACCAGAACAGAAAGGGACCACGUAACCUAGCCCAGGGAGACACUGUGGAAUCUCCGCACGGAUCAUUGGUUGGAAAAUGGUCAACAAUUGUGCAGUUUUCUACUUAAUUGAUGGAUUUAAUUAAAUUUGUAUAUUUUGAAAAGAAAUAAAAAAUGAAAAACAGUUCGCAAUCACA